AUGCAUUUCAAGGAGUCGUUCGCGAUGAGCGAUCGUCCGAACGAGCGCGGCCGCCGCAACUCCCGCUGCAAGGGCGCUGGCGUCAAGAUGGAGCAUUUCCAGGCGGCGCUGGAUCCUCGCAAGCAGGAGUUACUGGAGGCUCGCUUCUUAGGCGCCAAGAUGUCAGCUGGGUCACAAAUUCAGAUGGCACCACAAACUACUGUCAACACGGGGCAGCCACUACAUAACCAGGACUCCAAUAUGAGCACAGGGUCUUCACAUAGUGACAAAGAGAUUGAUGCUUUAACCCCUGAGAAAACUGCUGCUAUGCGAGGCUCAACUGUUGGACCUGGCAAUGCUCUUGUUCCACCAAGUGGUGCUACACCUACAAUUGCUGUGCCUGAAAGAAAACGGAAGCGAAAAGGUGAGGAAGGCGUUGGUGGUGGUGGAGGAGGUGGUGGAAAACAGAGACAUAAUUCGUCAGAUAAAAAUAUUAGGGAAUACUUUUCCAAGCACCCUUCAUCAAGCCCCGUGAGACAUGCAGGAGCAAAAUCUCCAUCACCUCAGGGCGCUAACUACCCAAUGUACCCACCGUCACCCUCGGCAAUACUGCCUCCGGGAGCUGACUUCUUACGUUCCGCCUCACAACAGCGACCACAUACUUCUGUUAAACAGAUUCAAACAGAACUGACAUGUCAGAGGAUACAGGAGUUAGAAACUCAGGCUUCUUCUGAUUUAGAACUAAGGAAUAAUAGAAUAGAAGAAUUAACAAGAACUAAUGAGGAAUUAAAACAUCAAGUUCAAGCACAGAGCAAGGUAAUAGAGCAGCAUAAAUCACAUAUUAACAAAUGUAUAGAUGUGGUUAAGAAAUUGUUAAAUGAGAAGAGUACUAUUGAAAAGAAGGAAGCACGACAAAGGUGUAUGCAAAAUAGACUAAGGCUUGGCCAGUUUGUCACCCAACGAGUUGGAGCUACCUUUCAAGAGAAUUGGACUGAUGGAUAUGCAUUUCAAGAACUCACUAGGCGGCAGGAGGAGAUAACAGCAGAAAAGGAAGAAAUUGAUCGUCAGAAAAAAUUAUUGCUGAAAAAGCGGCCGUCGAAUAAUGAAGGUGGUGGUGGAAGAGGGAAACGGACAUCUAGUGUGUCAGCACCUACAACACCUCAGCCUCAACCACUCCAUAAUGGAACUGAUGCACCCACCUUUCUUAAGCCUGAUCCUCUGCCCAGUAUGACAUGGCAGGAGUAUUAUGAAGCGGAUGAGAUUUUGAAAUUAAGACAGAGCGCCCUUAAAAAAGAAGAUGCAGACUUACAGCUAGAAAUGGAAAAGUUAGAACGAGAAAGAAAUCUUCAUAUACGGGAGUUAAAGCGAAUACAUAAUGAAGAUCAAAGCAGAUUCUCUCAGCAUCCUGUUCUAUCUGAGAGAUACUUGCUGCUGAUGCUUCUUGGUAAAGGUGGUUUUAGUGAAGUCCACAAAGCAUUUGACCUAAGAGAACAGAGAUAUACAGCUUGUAAGGUUCAUCAGCUAAAUAAGGAUUGGAAAGAGGAUAAGAAGGCCAACUAUAUCAAACAUGCGUUACGGGAAUACAAUAUUCACAAGGCCCUAGACCACCCAAGAAUUGUUAAAUUAUAUGAUGUAUUUGAAAUUGAUGGAAAUUCAUUUUGUACAGUUCUUGAAUAUUGUAAUGGUCAUGAUCUCGAUUUUUACCUUAAACAGCAUAAGACAAUUCCGGAGCGAGAAGCACGUUCAAUUGUGAUGCAAGUAGUAUCGGCGUUGAAGUAUUUAAAUGAGAUAAAGCCACCUGUGAUUCAUUAUGACCUAAAGCCUGGAAAUAUACUGUUAACAGAAGGAAAUGUAUGUGGUGAGAUUAAAAUAACUGAUUUUGGCCUCUCUAAAGUGAUGGAUGAGGAAAAUUAUAAUCCAGACCAUGGUAUGGAUCUCACAAGUCAAGGCGCAGGCACUUAUUGGUACUUGCCACCAGAGUGCUUUGUAGUAGGCAAGAACCCACCAAAGAUCAGUAGUAAGGUGGAUGUGUGGAGUGUUGGAGUAAUUUUCUACCAAUGUCUCUAUGGCAAGAAGCCAUUUGGUCACAACCAGAGUCAAGCAACUAUACUAGAAGAGAACACUAUUUUAAAGGCAACUGAAGUUCAGUUUGCUAACAAACCCACAGUCAGCAAUGAGGCUAAGAGUUUCAUCCGCGCGUGCCUGGCGUACCGCAAGGAGGAGCGCAUCGACGUGUUCGGGCUGGCGCGGCACGAGUACCUGCAGCCGCCUAUGCCGAAGCCGCGCGGCGCCGGCGGCCCCUCCGCGGCGGCGGCGGCCGCGCCCGCCUUCAACGCCGGCCUCUUCGGCGCCGGCUCGUCGUCC